AUGUUUGCUGUCUCUGCUUUGGCAAAUCCUUUGGCAACAUCACCAUUUAGCCAACAUUUGACAAAACGCGCUCCUCUUUGCGGCGAUUUGUGUACAUUUAUUUGUGGAGCUUGCACAUGCUCUGCUGAUGGAUGCGACGAUAAACCUAAUUGCACCAAAUCUGUCCAAUGCACUGGUGGUGAAUGCAGCAAUGUAUGCACCGGUAAAUGCGGAGAUUGUACAUUUAAUUGUUCUGGAUGCACUGGAACUCCUCCAUUGUCGCUCAAAAAUGUAUUAAAUAUCGAUGUAAUUGAAUUUUUACGUAUUAAUAUGUAUCUUAGUGCUCAAAAAUGUAUUAUUUAUUGUUGUAAUUAA